GCUCUCUCCGGAUCUCUCUCUCUCUCUCUCUCUCGGGCGUCGCCUUGUUCUUCUGGGGCAUUCCUUGUUCCUCUCAUCGGCGUUCUUGAAAGGAAUCGAAUCAAUCAAUGGCGUCCAAUCUGUGUAGGGCGGUGAUCAGAUCGUCAAAAUUGGCCCAUACCGUUGUUGGUAGAAGCUUCAGUAGCGUAGUUGCCCAACCCUCUUCCAAAUUCCCUCUCAUCAGCGAACACACUGCCAAAUGGAUGCAGGAUACUAGCAAGAAAUCUCCAAUGGAGUUGAUCAAUGAGGUUCCUCCCAUUAAAGUCGAAGGCAGGAUAGUUGCUUGUGAAGGAGACAACAAUCCUGCGCUGGGGCACCCGAUUGAGUUUAUCUGCCUUGACUUGGAUGAGCCUGCUAUCUGCAAGUAUUGCGGGCUGCGCUACAUUCAGGAGCAUCAUCAUUAGCAACCCUUUCUUUCCUUAGUUUUUUUUACAGCCAAAACAAUAUCUCUGUAUGGAUAUAUGGUGUCAUUGGAUGGUGUGACAUUGCCUUCUGCGGAGCGAACUAGUGCAUUUGUAUUGACAAUAAGGGUUAAAUCCCAGGGACCAAAUCUUUUAAUAUGCAUCUGUGAACGGGAUUGUCUCGUUA